CUCUCUUUCCUUCAUUCACUUCUCCUACAGGAACCUGGGGAAGUCUGGACUCAGAGUAUCCUGCUUGGGACUCGGCACGUGGGUGACGUUCGGGGGUCAGAUCACAGACGAGGUGGCUGAACAGCUCAUGACCAUUGCCUAUGAGAGCGGGGUGAACCUCUUUGACACAGCUGAGGUCUACGCUGGCGGGAAGGCUGAGGUCAUUCUGGGCAACAUCAUCAAGAAGAAGUGUUGGAGACGCUCCAGUCUGGUGAUCACAACAAAGCUCUACUGGGGAGGAAAAGCAGAGAACGAGAGAGGCCUGUCAAGAAAGCACAUUAUUGAGGGUCUGAAAGGUUCUCUUCAGAGAAUGCAGCUGGAAUACGUGGACGUGGUUUUCGCUAACCGCCCAGACACCAACACUCCCAUGGAGGGUGAGUCAGCCAGCCAAUCAUCUCUCAGCUUUGCGACCGGGCGACCAAUCACGUCUCGGUAAAGGUGACCUGUUCAGCCGGGCACAGUGCAGCUCAACUCCCUUGUUGAGCUCAGGGUGCUUUGUGACCUUGGCGAUUUCCUUUCCUUU